AUGUCCAAGAAGCCGUUAUCCACCAUCGAACACCUAGAGCACGCCCCGUCCGACCGUGAGUCGGAGAAGGGUUCCUUGGCCGAAGUUACCGUCGCGGCGCUCGACGGCGAGGGGCUCGUCAAGUCGCGCUUCGACCAGCUCACUAUCCGCGAGGCGCUAUGGGUGUUCCGUCGCUCCCUCGUUGUGUGUUUCUUCGUCUUCACCGGUCGUAUGCUCGAGUUCUUUGAGAUUGUCAUGAGUGGUGCCAUCCUCGCCAACCCAGGCUUCAUCAAGCAGUUUGGAGACCCCAACCGCGCAGGCAAAAUCAAGGGUGUCGGCGCCCUCGACCCAAACUGGGUGUCCGCUUGGGCUGUGAUCUUGAGUGCAGGGCAGAUCUUCGUUUUCCUCUGGAUCUCCUUCUUCACUGACCGCUUUGGUCGCAAACCUGCCCUCCUUCUCGCCUGGUUCUUCAUCGCCAUCGCGAUGGUGUGCCUGACCCUCGCUCGCACCCCUGAGGUCUGGCUGGUUGGCCGCCUGUUCACAGGCAUGGGUACAGGCAUCAUCGCCGUCGUUGCGGGCCCGUACGGGAUGGAAGUGUGUGCGACCCGAAUUCGCGGCAUCGUGCUCUCAGCCGCCAUCUUCUGGGGUGCCAUUGCGACGCUGGGUGCAUCCCUCAUGAUGAAUUUCCUCACCCUCCGCGACCCCAUGAACUGGCAUCUGCCUGUGUACGCGACCUGGGGCCCCGUCGGUUUCAUGGCCAUCUGUUUCCUUAUCGUUCCAGAGUCACCGUGGUUCUACGCACGGCGGGGCAACAAGGAAAAGGCCGUCAAAUCACUCAAGCGCCUGUACGGUAAUAUCCCCGAUUACGACUUUGACGAGGAGUACGGAAUCAUCGCCAAGACAAUCGAGCACGAGCGUGAAGCCAUCAGGCGCAACAAGGCAACCUCGUGGACCGACCUAUUCAAAGGCACCAACGGCAAACGCACCUUUGCAUCGCUUGUCAUUGCCGCAUCUCUCCAGCUCGGCGGAUACCCCAUCCUCUACACGUAUUCGACAUACACUUAUGCCCUCGUCGGGAUCAAGAACCCGUUCCAAACCAACAUCAUUACUGCGUCCGUGCAGUGCGGCACCGUCCUUCUUAUGAUGGUGACAUUCGACAAAUUCGGCCGCCGCCCCUUUGUCACUUGGGCGUACUCGUUCCAAGCCCUCUCCAUGUUCUUGCUCGGCUGCCUCUCGUUCAUCCCCUUGACUUCGCCGAGCCGUGUUCCCGCUAUUACGUUCAUAGCAUGUAUGUGGGCAUUCUGUGGCACAAUCUCGGGCAACAGUCAGAUCAUCUACAUCACCGAGCUCCCCUCGGCCUAUCUUCGCCUCAAGACUGGUGUCCUCGCUCAAGGCCUCAACAGCGCCCUGGGCAUCGCCGCCAACUUUGCUAGUCCGCCGAUGCUCCUUGCUCUGGGUCUCAAAGCCGGUUUCGUAUUCUUUGCCGUCGCUACUCCCAUCGCUGCCCUCCUCUGGGUGUUCCUCCCCGAGACCAAGUGGCGAUCCGCGUCUGAGAUUGACGAGUUGUAUGAGCGCAAGAUCCCUGCAUGGCGCUGGGCCAAGACACGCACCAAUGCAGAGGAGCAGGUCGAGCAGGCAAUCCAGCAGAGUAAGGCUGAGGGCGAGACCCAGGCUGCAGCCGAGGCGAACGCGUCUGACGACUCGACGAGCCGGUAG